AUGCAUCUUCCAACAAUCACAUCGCUCCUCCUGGCCGCUGCCCUCCCGGCGGCGGCACGCAGCCUGACCAGCGCAUCAUCCUACGGCCUCGCCGCCCGGGCCGAGCUGGCCGAGCAACAACUCGUUCGCCGUCAGGACCCUGCUGCGCCCGGCGCUGCCCCCGUGCCCCCGGUCGAGGGUGGUAGGGGCAAGGGAAAGGGCGCUGAAGGCAAAGGAAAGGGUGGUGAGGGUAAAGGAAAGAGGGGACAGGGUAAGGGGCAGGGUAAGGGCAAGGGAGCUCAGGAGGAUUUCCCGCGCCCGGGAGGGGCACCUCGCCCUGAGGGAGCACCCCGUCCUGAGGGAGUUCCUCGCCCAGAGGGAGCACCUAUUCCUCGACCGGAGGGAGCACCCCGUCCUGAAGGAGCUCCUCGCCCAGAGGGAGCACGUCCUGAGGGAGCUCCUCGCCCAGAGGGAGCACCUAUUCCUCGCCCAGAGGGAAUCCCACGCCCAGAGGGAGGACGUCCUGAGGGAGCACGUCCUGAGGGAGCUCGGCCAGAGGGAAUUCCGCAACCGGCCCCGCUAGGAGACAAGGAGAUAGUCCAGCGUGCAGGCCAGCCAGGAGCCCCUCGCGGAGGCCAGCAGGGCGGCCAGGGAAAGGGAAAGGGAGCCCGCGGUAAGGGCAAGGCAGGUCAACAGGGAGGCCAACGCGCUGGCCAGCAGGGCAACGACGAGGAUGAGGAGCCGGCAGCCCCCCGGGCAGCUCAGCCCGGAGCUCAGCCAGGUGCCCAGCGUGGGGGCCAGCAGGGGGGUCAGCGCGGAGGUCAAGGUAAAGGCAAGGGAGCCCAGGGCAAAGGAAAGGGCAACAGAGGGGCGGGAGCUGGCGCCAAGGCCCCGGCCGCACCGGCCCCUGCUCCCAAUGGUGGUGACGAGGAGUAG